CACGCCGCCGCCGGGGAGCCGAGGGCAGCGUGCGGUGCGAAGCCGUGAAGAGGACGAGCUCAGCUCGGGGGAGAGGAAGGAAUCUCUCCCUACCAGCCAGCACCCAGCAGCCAGCAUCCGUGCUCCCGCAACCUACCUCCCCUCCCCUUCCCUUCCAUUCCCCAACAGCCCCACGGCCGCGUCGCCUUCCCCUUCCGGCCGAAACCACCCGCUUCCUCAUAUCAAUAUAUUCACCGAAUAUUCAGCUCGGCUGAUCCGCUAUAAAACGAACCAAACCAAAAACCAAGACCAACCCGCCCGCCCGCGCGACAUUUUAUCCGUUCCGGUUGGACCCAUGAGAUAUUUCGUUGGGAUCCCGACGGCGCACGGGAGGAAUUCCGUGUGGUGGUAACCGAUUACAAACUCUCCAGAGUCAAUUCAUCAGCCCAUAAAAAAUUUUAUGGGCGGAUCACCCGUCGCCGCCCAGGAAGCGAGCGACGACGACGCCGCCCGGGUCGUGGUGCCAGUUGCGGGAUCCCACGUCGAGUCCGCCUCCAACCCCCUCCCUGCUGCGCCGGGUUCGGUGACCCCUGUGGCGGAGGGCGACCAGGAGCACUCCAAGCGGGAGGCACCGGCGGCGGCGGCGGCGGCGGCUUCGGUGGAGGCUAAGAAGGAGGCGGCGCCAGCAGCAGCAGCAGGCGUGGAGGCCAUGGCGGUCACCGUGGUGCGGGACGUCGAGACGGGCCUGGCCGCGAGCACCAGCGACCAGGGCGGGGACAAGCCUUCCUGGUUCACGCCUAAGAGAUUACUUGUCAUGUUCUGCAUUAUCAACAUGCUAAACUAUGUUGAUCGAGGAGCAAUAGCAAGUAAUGGUGUCAAUGGUAGCCGCAAAAAUUGUUCUGGUGGCACGUGCACCUCAGGCUCAGGAAUUCAGGGAGACUUUAAUCUUAGUAAUGCUGAAGAUGGUGUGCUGUCCUCAGCAUUUAUGGUUGGAUUGUUGGUGGCUUCACUGAUAUUUGCUUCCCUGGCAAAAAGACAUAAUCCUUUCAGGCUUAUUGGUGUUGGCUUGUUAGUAUGGACUAUCGCAACAGCUGGUUGUGGGGUCUCUUUUGAUUUCUGGUCAAUUACUAUAUGCCGCAUGUUAGUUGGUGUUGGUGAAGCUUCAUUUAUAAGUCUGGCAGCUCCAUUCAUAGAUGACAAUGCACCAGUAGCUCAGAAAACAGGAUGGCUUGCUAUGUUCUACAUGUGCAUACCAACUGGAAUAGCAUUAGGCUAUGUUUAUGGUGGACUGGUUGGGAAAAUACUGAACUGGCGUGCUGCUUUCUGGGGAGAGUCAAUUUUGAUGAUUCCUUUUGUUAUUCUAGGCUUUGUGAUAAAGCCACUAGAGCUGAAAGGAUUUUCUCAGAACAGAACAAAAGAAUACGGCCAGAUGCUUAAUCCUGAGGUUCAAGAUCAGAUAAAUAAUAAUGGGACAAAGCGUGUUAUGCCUGGUGGAAUCGAUGAUCUUGCAGGAAAGGUCCCACAAAAGUUAUCCUUCUCCAGGUUUGGCCAGAGUCUCAUGACUGAAAUUGGUCGUUUCGGCAAAGAUAUGAAAGAACUACUACAAGAGAUGCCUUUUUUCAUCGUUGUCUUAGGUUACAUCUCCUAUAACUUUGUCAUCGGUGCUUAUUCCUACUGGGGCCCCAAGGCGGGCAAACAGAUCUACAAUAUGGCGAGCGCAGAUCUUAUGUUUGGUGGAAUAACUAUAGUAUGUGGAAUCCUUGGAACUCUAUCAGGAGGUAUCAUCCUUGACAAGAUAGGGGCUACAAUUCCUAAUGCUUUCAAGCUUCUCUCUAGCGCAACAUUUCUAGGGGCAAUAUUCUGCUUUGGCGCCUUUUGUUUCAAGAGCCUAUAUGGAUUCAUAUUCUUCUUUGCAAUUGGGGAGAUUUUGGUUUUUGCAACUCAGGCACCAGUAAAUUUUGUAUGCCUUCAUACUGUGAAGCCACAUUUGCGGCCAUUGGCAAUGGCUGUAUCCACUGUUUCAAUCCAUAUAUUUGGUGAUGUGCCUUCUUCACCUCUUGUUGGGCUUCUUCAGGACAAAAUCAAUAACUGGAGGUCCACGGCUCUUAUAUUGACAUCCAUCCUUUUCAUUGCAGCUGUGUUCUGGUUUAUUGGCAUAUUCGUCCCCAGCGUGGAUCGGUUCAAGGAAGAGAGCGAGGAUGCUGUUCCUGCCGCCGAGAGGUCAAAUCUCAGGCCACUGCUUGAUGACAACGAGGGGGCACGGACAUCUGACUAAAAUCCGUGCAAGUGCGGGUCAUAACCCUUUUCUUUUUUGGAGGGUGAUCUUAGUCGGAUUAUUUACCAUGUGCUAGCAAACAUGCGAAAUGUAAAUUUGCACGUCAGUUGGCUAUACCCUGUACAUAUGAUAGGCCCGUUUGGUUUGCGUUCUUUUCUACUCCCUCCAUCCCAAAUUAUAAGUCGCUUUGACUUUUUUUUACGUCCACUUUGCUAUGCAUAGACAUAUUGUUAUAUUUAUAUACAUAGCAAAGUGAAUGUAUCAAAAAAAGUCAAAGCGACUUAUAAUUUGGGAUGGAGGGAGUACUUUAGUGUACAUACUACAGAAACAGGCAAGUGAAUGUCAGUUUUUUUUUCUUUAUUUACAAAUGUGAAACAUUUCAGCAGCUUGGUGCCACGAUCUAGCUUCUGAUUAGAAUUCAACAAUGCUGGUUUGCUCUGCC